AUGGCGUUCUUCGCCGGAACAGCGGGCUUCCCAGACAGGCUCCCCAACCUGGCCAACCCAGCCGAGCGGCGCCCCCCACCGCCCAACGACGGCAGCGAGAGCUGGCACGCGCACUUGCAGCUGCACUUUACCCAAAUCUUCCACGACAUGGACUCGCGGGAGCUGUUUACGCACUUUGCCCACCCGCAGUUUUAUAUCCCUCCGCAAAUGGGCGAAGACGACGAAGGCGAGGACGGAGAGGACGGAGAGACGAUCGACGACAUAGAGGAGGGCGACAUGGCAGAGUUGGCAGACCUGGCGCUCGCCUAUACCGAUGCUGACAGCGUGUAUGACGAGAAUCGCGGAUGGACUCCCGAGAGCAUAGCCGCAGUCGCAGACGAAUACAAUGCCGAGACAUUUGGUCUGGCCAGCGGGGAGGACGACGAAGAGGACGAGGACGAGGAGGGCGACGAAGAAGAAGAGGAGGAGCAGGACGACGAUGAGGGCGACGAAGACGAUCGCGACUUAUACGAUGUGGAGCACGAUCACAUGCAGAUUGGGUACGAUGUCCGCUACCGCUACGAAUCCGACGACGCGGAUGAAGAGGAACACAGGGCGGGCCUCAGCCCCCUCGAGCUGGCGCGCUAUGAAGUCGAACGUGCUCGCGAGGCCCUGCACGACGCUCUGCUGCUCCAGCGCCGCAAGCGGGCCUACUUUGCCCGCCGGCGGUGCGUCCGCAUGAAGUACGACAACCAGCCGCAGACCAAGGCCGACGCGCCCUAUGCAUUUGCGUACGUCUCGACGCUGCACAUGGAAGUGUAUGUGCGCCUGCUGCGCUUUGCGGACCAGCUGGACGAUCCGUCGGUGCCGGUCGCCCCCAUCGUGCACGACAUGACGCCCUACACGUACGACGAGGAGGCGGAGAUGUACGGCGCGUUCUACAAGCCGCCGAUGCCCGAGGAGGAGUACGACCGCUACGACGGCAACAACGCGGAGGAUCCCGUUGUCGUCCCGCCGCGCGUCGACGUGCCCGAGUACGGCCCGCCACCGGCCUACCUGCCAUCGCAUGACAUGCUGGCGCCGGACAUUAUGCGCCGUCUCACGUCCCUCGACUAUGUGAUGCACAACCACCGCCGUAUGCGGUUGCCGCUCAUGGACCCGGACGCAGAGUGGUGUGAAUUUGACCCGCCUCCCCCGUACGCCGGCAAGCCCGACGACGACAACGUGGCCCCGCCGGCAUACUACCGCACCGUCGACGAAUGCUGCAUCGAGCCGGGCCCGUUACACGCUUCGAUCCGACGCGAGUUCGAGGCGCUGCGGACCCCCGAGCCGUGGACGGUGGAUCGGGGUGUGCUGCAGUUGCGGCUGGACCUGAUGGUGGAGGCGUUUGAACGGUAUCACUACGGACCGGAUGAAGAAGAGGACGAUUAA